AGCCCAGCGUUGCCGAGGGGAUAUGGCUGGUGACCAAGAUUGCUUGAUGCUGGAGGUGAAGAUAUCUGAAGGCAGCCCUGCGUAUCAUGAAGCGUUGUAGGAAUGAUGGUCAGCCUCAGGGGGUAAACAUGCAUCCUAUCAAUGUACAUAAAAACAUAGGCAAACAGCUAGGAAGCGAGCCUCCAAGUCCUGUCCCUAUAUCGACAUGUUCGGCUACCUGAAUUCCCUUUGGCAGAGCAGCCCUUCGGCUAGUAUCAGUAGAGAUACUUCCCCCAAGGUCAAGAAAGCAGCCAUCGAUACCUCCCGCCGCUCCCCCCUGGCCACCAACACCAUGGGCUGCCAGCUAGCAAUAAGCACCAUGUCCCUGGGCCGCUGCUUCGCCGGCCACACCCUGGAGCGGCGGCUCCAGCUGGCCAGCCAGCACGGGUACCGGGGCAUAGAGCUCUGGCACGAGGACCUCCUCGACGUGGGCGACCGCCUCGCCGGCGGCAGCGACACGCCAGCCCGGCGCAUCCGCGCCGCGUCCCUGGUGCGCGGCAUGUGCGUCGCGCUCGGGCUCGAGGUCGUGUGCCUGCAGCCCUUCAUGCACUACGAGGCGCUCGCCGACCGCGCCGCGCACGCGCGCCGGCUCGCCGAGCUGGCGCACUGGGUCGACCUCGCGCACGCGCUGGGGACGGACCUCGUCGCCGUCCCGUCGUCGUUCCUCCCCGAGGGCCAGGUCAGCGCCGACGCGGGCCUCGUCGCGGCCGACCUGCGCGCCGCCGCCGACCUCUGCGCCGCCGCCGACCCUCCCUUGCGCCUGACGUACGAGGCCCUCUCGUGGGGCACGCACGUCGACACGUGGGAGGCGUCGUGGGCCGCGGUGCAGGCGGCGGACCGGCCGAACCUGGGAAUCUGCCUCGACACGUUCAACAUAGGGGCCCGCAUCUACGCCGACCCGGCCGACCCGUCCGGCCGCACGGCAGACUGCGACGCCGCCGUGGCCGAGUCCAUGGCGCGCCUGGUGCGGGUGGUCGACGUCGCCAAGGUGUUUUACGUCCAGGUCGUCGACGGCGAGCGCCUGCCGGACGGACCCCUGGUCGAAGGCCACCGGUUCCACGUGGCAGGUCAGCUACCGCGCAUGAGCUGGUCGCGCAACUGCAGACUCUUCUACCGCGAGGAGGACAGGGGCGCGUACCUCCCUGUCCGGGACAUCGCGGCCGCCAUAUUCAACGGCCUCGGCUUCCGGGGCUGGGUCAGCCUGGAACUGUUCAACCGCCGCAUGAACGACGCCGACCCCGAGGUGCCCCGAGAGCUGGCUAGGAGAGGGGUCGAGUCGUGGGACCGGCUUUGCGCCGACAUGAGCACGGGGGACGGCGAGUGGGAGUCUGCUGCGGCUGGUGGUCAGGCCGACGAUACUUCUGCCGGUGCACAUCAACAAUACAGCCGGUUAUGAGUGUCUGUUGUUUUAUCUCGUCGAUGAUCAAAUGCUUCUUCGCGCGGAUUUUGUUUUGUAGUAUAUCUAUACCAUCUUUUUACACCUCCAGCUACAAGCGUCUCCCUUCCAUCCAUCCCCUAUCAGCCUUCUUCCCCCCAUAUAAUCGUUCCAGCCAAGCGUCCUAAUCCCACUUCUCAAACCUACGACCGCUCCUUCAUGUGCUUCACCACAAACUCGAUGGCCGCCUCGUACCCGUAGACGCCCAGCCCGCAGAUGACGGCCUCGGCCUUGUCGCUGAGGUGGCUGUGCCUGCGGAAGGGCUCGCGCGCGUGCACGUUUGAGAUGUGCACCUCGACGAAGGGGAUGCCCACGCCCAGGAUGGCGUCCCGGAUGGC